UGAUUAAAUCUUAUAAAGAUCUCAUCUUUCUAUGUAAACAACAUAUUUUCAUUUUUUUUCACACCAAAAAAUCAUCAACAAGUACAACUUUACUUGACAAAUAUAAAAAUGUCAUUAAAUAUACGGCCAUUGUUUGGCUAUCCAUUUCAAGGUCAAGGAAGAGUAAAUCAAUUGGGUGGUGUAUUCAUAAAUGGUCGUCCAUUACCGAAUCAUGUACGAUUAAAAAUUGUUGAAUUAGCUGCAGCCGGUGUACGUCCAUGUGUUAUAUCAAGACAAUUACGUGUAUCACAUGGUUGUGUAUCAAAAAUAUUGAAUCGUUAUCAGGAAACCGGAUCAAUAAGACCCGGUGUAAUUGGCGGUUCAAAACCACGUGUUGCAACACCUGAUAUUGAAAAAAGAAUAGAAGAAUAUCGUAAAGAUAAUCCAGGUAUCUUUUCAUGGGAGAUACGUGAUCGUUUAAUAAAAGAAGGUUUAUGUGAUCGUACAACAGCACCAUCAGUAUCAUCAAUUACAGAUGAUUCGGGCAGUGAAUCCAGUGAUGUUGAACCAGGUUUAACAUUAAAACGUAAACAACGUCGUUCCCGAACAACAUUUACAGCACAUCAAUUGGAUGAAUUGGAAAAAGCAUUUGAACGUACACAAUAUCCAGAUAUUUAUACACGUGAAGAAUUAGCACAACGUACUAAAUUAACUGAAGCACGUGUUCAGGUUUGGUUUAGUAAUCGUCGUGCAAGAUGGCGUAAACAGAUGGGCAGUCAACAAUUGAAUGGUUUUUCGGCUGCAUUAGCAUCAUUACCGGCAAUGCAUGCAGCGGCUGCUUAUACAGCACAAACAGCAGCAGCAGCAGCAGCAACAAAUUCAUAUUUAUUAGCAGCUGCCCAACAUCAUCAUCAUCAUCAUCAACAACAACAACAAGCAUCAUCUACAGCAUCAACAUCAUCGGAAAAUGCCGCCACUGCCGCAUCCAAUACAACAUCAUCUUCAUCAUCAUCAUUGGCUUCUUUAGCCAAUUCAAAUAAUAAUAAUAAUAAUCAAAAUAAUCAACAAAAUUCACAAUAUCAAACUUCGCAAGAUUGUAGCAAUAUACAACCGAAUACAUCUUUAAAUCAUCAUCAUCAUCCUCAUCAUUCAUCAAUGCAUCAUACAAUGCCUUUCAAUUAUCCGCAUCCGCAUCAUUCAAAUCAAAAUCAUAUUCAUCAUAAUAAUAAUCAUUCUAAUCAUACAAAUCAUCCUAAUCAUUCAACAUCGCAACAUUAUCCAAAUACAAAUAUGAAUGUAAAUUUUUCUUCAAAUCAUCAUCCACCGAUACAUCCGAUGCAUUCACAUCAACAUCAUACAGCGAUGAAUGUUUCAAAUUCUUCAAAUAUAAAUGUUCAUCAUUCUUCGAAUCAACAUCAAUCAUCAACACAUUCGUCUAUACAUCAUAGUAGUAGUGUACAACAUCCUACGAAUGUUUUAAAUCAUGAUCAUCCACAUCAUUCGAAUCAUUCAUCGGCAACACAACGUUCAUUAGCAGCAGCCGGUUAUUUAUCAGCGGUUACUGGAUCAACUGAUCCAACAGCAUCAUAUGUUGCUGCAUCAGCAUCUGUUGCAUUACAAUCACAGGUGUUAAACAUGUUGAACAAUACAACAAAUUCAAUAAAUUCAAUUACCAAUGAUUAUGCUGUUUCAUUGACACAACAACAACAACAGCAAUCAUUAUCAUCACCAUCAUCAUCCGGUACGGCUACUGUAGCUACUACUACUGCUGCUGCUGCUAUUUCCCCGUCAACAACACCGGCUAAUAGCAAUAAUAAUAAUGAUAAUUUGGAACAUUCAAACGGAAAUGUAUUCAAACAAAAUAGUGGCAAUAAUAAUAAUAAUAAUAAUAAUUCAAUUAUCAAUGAUAAAUUAAUAUCACCUCAGCAACCGCAACAACAACAACAACAUUGGUCAACUACAACUGAUCAAAUGUUAAUGAUGGAUUCAAUUAUAACAAAUCCUGCAGCAGCAGCUGCUGCUGCUGCUGUUCAUCAUCCAAUUGCUUCCGGUAUACAUACUGGUCACCAUCAUCAUAAUCCACAUUCACAUCAUUCAAGUGCUGCUAUUCAUCAUUCUGUUCAUCCAAAUCAUCAUCAUCAUCAUCAUCAUUCGCAUCACCAAAGUUCUACAACGACAACAACUUCAAAUGUUGCGGCUGCAGCGGCAGCCGCAGCAGCAGCUGCCGCUGCUGCUGCUUCCGAUCCAUUUGGUUUUGUUACCGCUGCCAAUCAUCAUGCUGCUGCCGAUGCAUUAACCAAAUCAUCAUUUUAUUAUGCAUCACAAUUUGGUGGUGGUAUACGUGGCCUUAGUUUGUAA